AUAAAAUUGGUGUCCAGCUAUGCCCUUCUAUUAAUAAUCUACCUCUCAACUUGCUGAUCAUUUAAUGCCCAUCACCUUCUCGGAGAUCCAUGUCUGCCUUCAUCAUCACAAGACCAUUGACAAGAUGGAGAGAUGGGUUUCUCCAAUGGGGACUCUUUUCUUCAUUGCAGCUCUAAUUGCUGUUUCUUGUUCUUCAAGUGGAGCAGCAGACUCCAAGACAUCUUUUGAGGAUAACUUCAGCAUCAUGUGGUCUGAAAACCAUUUCAAAACCUCUGAAGAUGGACAGAUCUGGUAUCUCUCGUUGGACAAUGACACAGGUUGUGGAUUCCAGACUAAACAGAGAUAUAGAUUUGGGUGGUUCAGUAUGAAGCUGAAGUUAGUGGGAGGUGACUCUGCUGGUGUUGUGACAGCAUACUAUAUGUGCACAGAAAAUGGGGCAGGUCCAGAGAGGGAUGAGCUGGAUUUUGAGUUCUUGGGGAACAGAACAGGACAACCAUACCUGAUCCAGACCAAUGUGUACAAGAAUGGUACUGGAAACAGAGAGAUGAGGCACAGUCUUUGGUUUGACCCCACUGAGGACUUCCACUCAUAUUCAAUCCUCUGGAAUGACCACCAGAUUGUGUUUUUUGUGGAUAGAGUGCCAAUAAGGGUAUUCAAAAACAAUGGUGAAGCAAACAAUUUCUUCCCCAAUGAGAAGCCCAUGUACUUGUUCUCAAGCAUUUGGAAUGCUGAUGAUUGGGCCACAAGAGGAGGGCUUGAGAAGACUGACUGGAAGAAGGCCCCAUUUGUGUCUUCUUACAAGGAGUUUAGUGUUGAGGGGUGUCAAUGGGAGGAUCCAUACCCUGCAUGUGUAUCAACAACUACUAAGAAUUGGUGGGAUCAGUAUGAUGCUUGGCAUCUAUCGGAAGCUCAGAAGAUGGACUAUGCUUGGGUUCAGAGAAACCUGGUGAUUUAUGACUAUUGCAAGGACAAUGAGCGAUUCCCAACAUUGCCAAAUGAGUGUUCACUGAGCCCAUGGGCUUGAAGGCUCAUGAUUUAAAAAAGAAAAGAAAAAAAAAAAAACUAGUCUCUCAUGACGAAAUGUUUUUCUUAUAGAUUUGAGAUGAGUGUAUAAGUUGUUUUAUAUUUUAAACUUUUUUACUACGUUAAUAAUUGUAUUUUGUUAUUGGGUAUCUAUUGAAUUUGUUCGUUAUU